AUGGCAGAGGUGGGAGUGUCGUUAGCGGCAAAACUUGCUGAAUAUCUAGUGGAUCCAACUUUACGGCGGUUGCAGUAUUUGUUCUGUGUCGGCAAAAUCACCAAAAACGUUCAGAUCAGAAAGGAGGAGCUGAUACUCAAGCAAGGAAGGGUACAGGAACGUGUUCAAGAGGCCAUCAACAGGACUGAGAGGAUUGAUGGUGAGGUUGACAGGUGGAAGAAUGAUGUAAAGAGUCUCAUAGCAGAGGUGGAGGAAUUGGAGGACGAACUAGGGGCCAACAAUGGCUGUCAUCGACGAUGGUAUCCUACUUGGAGGAGAUAUUGUCUCUGCAAAAAGUUGGCUAAGACAACCCAGAGGAUGAUUGAUCUAAACACAAAGAGUGAUCGCUUCAAUCCAUUUUCUCAUCCUGUUAUUAUUCAAGGCAUAGAAUAUCACUCUUCUAAAGGUUUUAUGUUCUUUGAGUCAACGAAAAAAGCACAUGAUGAACUAUGGGCAGCAUUGCAAGAUGAUGAUAGCUCUAUGAUCGGGUUGUGGGGUAUGGGCGGUUCAGGCAAAACCACAUUGGUAAAGGAAAUAGGAAAGAAAGCCAAAGAAUCAAAGCUAUGUGAUGAAGUUAUAAUUGCAACAGUAACCCAAACUCCAAAUAUCAGGAAGAUUCAAGGUCAAAUUGCGGACUUAUUGGGACUUGAGCUGAAGCAAGAAACUGAAGAGGGUAGGGCAAGAAGAAUUGCAUUGAAAUUACAAAGUUCAAACAAACAAAUUUUGAUUAUAUUAGAUGAUGUAUGGGAUACGCUGAACCUUGAGGAUAUAGGGAAUCCCUAUAGGGAUGAAGGUCCAAGAAACUGUAAAAUUCUUCUCACCACACGUCGUCAAGAGGUGUGUACUAUGAUGGAUUGCCAGAAAACAAUUUCCCUGGGUUUGUUAACAGAAGGUGAAGCUUGGGAUCUAUUUCAAACUCAUGGUAGAGUAGAUGAUGGUGUUAGAAAAGUGGCUCAAGAAGUUGUCGCUGAAUGUAAGGGAUUACCCAUUGCAAUUGUGGCCAUGGGGAAGUGCUUAAGAAGAAAAGGACUUGAUGAGAUGAAUGUAGCAUUGCACAGAUUGAGACAUUCAAAGCCACUUGAUGAGGAUAAAGCCUUUACUAUUCUCAAGUUAAGCUAUGAUUACUUGAAAAAUUCAGAGGCUAAGUUGUUGUUCUUGGUAUGCGCCAUGUUUCCUGAAGAUCAUGAAAUCGAAAUUGAAGAUCUUUUUAGAUAUGGAGUUGGAUUGGGCCUAUGCAAAGAUGCUGACUCAUUUGAAAUAGCAAGGAGCCAAGUUAGAGCAGCUAUAAAUGUUCUCGUUGACUCUUCAUUGUUGAUGUUUUCUGUCAACUUCAGAAAAGAAAAAUGUGUGAAAAUGCAUGACAUAGUUCGUGAUGUAGCUUUAUGGGUAGCAACUCAAGAGAAUAGUACCAUUAUGGUAAACAAUGGAAAGGAAUGGAAUAGAUUGAUUUCUGAUGAAGUUAUAAAAGAUUGCUAUGCUAUAUCUUCAUGGUAUGAUGAUAGUAUAUUAUUUCAAUUUUUGUCUCAACUGGGUGCUCCAAAACUUGAGUUUCUAUUAUUAGAUUCUGUGAAACUUGUUGAUACAUUACAUGCAUCAUUUGAAGGCUCUACAGGACUCAAGGCAUUGAUUAUGAUGUGCACGUGUUUGCAUAGGAUUGAGCUACAACCUCAAUCAAUUCAACACUUGUCUAAUCUUCGGACUUUGCGAUUGCAAGGUUGGAAUUUACAUGACAUCUCUUUUGUGAUAAGCCUUACAAGACUUGAAAUUCUUGACUUGCAAAUAAGUAUGUUUGAAAGAUUGCCAAAUGGAAUUGAAAAUUUAAACAAGCUGAAGUUGUUAGAUUUGUCAGAUUGUAAGAUAAGUGAAUGUUGCUACAAAGUAAUAGGAAGGUGCUCACAGUUAGAAGAGUUGUAUGUUUCCAGGCAUUUUCGACACUCAAAAAAUGCAAAUUGCUAUGAAUACCUUGUGGCCACCACUACUUUGAUGAAAGUGAGAAGGUAUAGGUUGGAAAUGGGGAGGCCUGAAAUACAGUCAAUAUCUCGUAAUGAAAGCACAAGAUAUUUAUGCUUGGGUCAGUUAAAAAUCUCCAUGUUAGCUGCAAGAAUCAAGGAUCUUGCGCGAAGAGCAACUGCAAUUGAAUUUCAUGAGCUUGAGGGAGGCAGCAGAAGUUUCAUGCCUAAUGUUGUUCAAGCUAUUGGAGCCAUGAAUGAGUUAACUAAGCUCUGUCUUAGAAGGUGUUCAGAGAUGGAAUGCAUUGUUGACAAAAUUAAUACUCAUGAAGAUGCGAUUGCCCCAGGAUUGGAUGAGUUAGUGCUAAAAGAUAUGGAUAAUCUUCAACAACUACAUCGUGGUCUUUCUUCUUUUAGCUUGUUCCAAAAGCUGGAAAGACUAACUAUAUCCAAUUGCCCUCAGUUGCUCCAUAUAUUCCCUGCUGAUUGCAACUUAGGCAAUCUUAAGUUUCUCAAUAUUUCUGGUUGUCCGAGGUUGACAUCUCUCUUCCCUGUCUCUGCUGUGUGCACUCUGCUGUCCUUACAAGAGCUCCGAAUAGAAAGGUGCAGUGAACUGAAGCAUGUAAUAGAAGGAGAGGUUGAUGGUGAUGCAUGGGAGAAUUUGAGCUUCCCAAAAUUGAAAAUUUUGUCUGUUGAUAAUUGCUGCAAAUUAGAAUCUAACAACCACUGCGUGAUCAAGAUGAGACUCAAAUAG